AUGAAAGAGUUGCACUGCAUUCCUGAAGUCGCCGGGUUGAGUUAUGAAGGCCUAUGCAUCCAUUCGAAUCUAGACCUCCUGAAAGGGUUUAAGGUGCCAAAAUUCGACGUCUUUGGAGGAACAGGAAACCCCUUAGCACACCUGAGGGGCUACUGUGACCAGCUCAUGGGAGUUGGAAGAGAUGAAGCUUUAUUAAUGUGGCUUUUUAGUAGAAGUCUGAGUGGAGAGGCUCUGGAAUGGUUUACAUCUCAUGAAACGAGACAAUGGCCUAGCUGGAAUGCUCUGGCUAAGGACUUUAUCGAACGAUUUGCCUACAAUGUGGAGAUCGUUCCUGAUCGUUAUUCCUUAGAAAAGACGAAGCAGAAAUCGAAUGAAAGUUACAGAGAAUUUUCAUACAGAUGGAGAAAGGAGGCAACUAGGGUUCGGCCUCCUAUGUCUGAGAAAGAAAUUGUUGAAGUAUUUGUGCGGGUUCAAGAGCCCGAUUAUUAUGAUAGAAUCAUGUUACUCGUUAGAUCAAAGUCUGCCGAGAUAGUCAAAGUAGGUGAGACUAUUGAAGAUAGAUUAAGAACCGGGAAGAUUACUCGUGUUGCUGCCUUACCCGGAUCCUCGAGUUUGUUGAAGAAGAAAAGAGAAGAUGUGUCUUCUAUCUCUUAUGAGGGGAAGAAGACCCCAAUGAAAUCCUCUUCAUACCAAGGUCGUUCUCGACCUUCACAGAGUUCAUACUCGGCUUGUUAUGCACAUACUGAUUAUCAAAUUGCUCCCAGAUACAUUCAUCCAGUAGGGCCCAAGCCGGUUGACACUAGCUCAAGGUUUUACAGACCUGAUCAGAGGUGUGCAUAUCACUCCAAUGGUGUUGGACAUGAUACAGAGGACUGUAUCAACCUGAAGCACUUGAUCCAAGAUCUAAUUGACCAGAAAGUGGUCUCUCUCCAGACAGUCGCGUCCAAUGUCAAUAGUAACCCUUUGCCAAAUCAUGGAGGCAUCACUAUCAAUAUGAUAGACACAGAUGAUGAUUGGUGUGUGAUAAAAGCAAUAAUUCCGAUCGCUCCUGAUGAACUGGAAAGGGCUGUAGCUUCGUUAUACAUUAGAGAGAAGCAAGCUUUGAUGAAGGCUUUGGAUGAUACUUAUGUGCCUGUGGGUACCAACAGUGAUAAUCUUGCAGCCAUGAUACACCAAGUCAUUCGAGGACACCGCAUCACUAAACUUGACUUGGGAAAGGUUCACCAGAACCAAGUCAAUGUGAGGGCUUUCUAUGGAGUGCAAAGAGACAUGUUGGGUGCAGUGAACUUGGAUAUUCAAAUGGGUCCUGCGGAAUUUAAUGUCAAGUUUCAGGUGUUGAGCAUCAAUACUAGUUACAAUUUGCUUCUGGGAAGACCAUUUAUCCACAUGGCUGGGGUUGUGCCUUCUACCCUUCACCAACUAAUGAAAUUUGUUUGGAAGGACCAGGAAUUGGUCAUUCAUGGUGAAGGGAGCCAUUCCAAUAGGUAUGCGCCGAUCGUCGAUGAAGUCUUCUGA